CCACCCCUCACGCAAGUAGCAAGACCACGUUCGCAGCAGCAGCAACAUGAGCACGCCGAAGCAAGAGCAACAGCAACAGCAGCAGCAGCAGCAGCAGCAGCCACAGCAGCUGCAGCAAGCUGCACAACCUCCACCCGCGAAGCCAUGCUACGGCAUUGUCAAGCAGAUAAAUUCGGGUGAUUCUAUAACAAUUAGAGGGCAGCCAAAGGGAGGUCCUCCACCAGAAAAAACCUUAAUUUUAUCCAAUGUCAUGGCUCCAAAAUUGGGUCGUCGUACAGUUAAUACAAAUGUUGAAACUAAGGAUGAGCCAUAUGCAUGGGAAGCAAGAGAAUUUUUAAGAAAAAAAUUGAUUGGACAAGAAAUUUCUUUUAUCGAAGAAAAAUCCCCAAAUAAUAAUAGAACAUAUGGACGCGUAUGGCUUGGAAAAGAUCAAACAGGGCCAAGUGUAACAGAACUCUUAGUUGCUGAAGGCCUUGUAACUGUUAAACGUGAUACACGUGUUCCUACUCCAGAACUUACAAAAUUACAAGAAUUAGAAGCAGCUACAAAAGCUGCUGGCAAAGGAAUGUGGUCUAAAGCUACUCCGUUAUCUCAACAUAUUCGCGAUGUUAAGUACACUGUGGAGAAUCCAAUGAGCCUUGUUGACAAAUAUGGUGGUAAACCUAUCAAAGCCCUAAUCGAGCAUGUGAGGGAUGGAUCCACAGUUAAGGCCUUGCUUUUAGCAGACUUCUAUCAUAUUACUUUGACCAUUUCCGGUAUUCGUUGCCCAGGGUUCAAACAAGAUGGUCCAGAAUCCUUUGCCGAUCAGGCAAGAUACUUUGUUGAAUCACGUCUCCUACAAAGAGACAUUGAGGUCAUUCUAGAAUCUGCUAAUAACACCCAGUUUAUUGGAAGUAUUCUUCAUCCUAAAGGAAAUAUAGCAGAAGCUUUGUUAGCUGAAGGAUUUGCUCGAUGUAUUGAUUGGUCUAUGAAUCAUAUAAAGACUGAUAAACACAAGUUAUACCUCGCUGAAAAAGCAGCCAAGGAUAAACGAUUACAUUUGUGGAAAGAUUAUGUGCCAGCGCGCCCGUCCGAAGAAUUUACUGGUACCGUCAAUGAGAUUGUGAGUGCCGAUGCCAUCAUUGUACGUAUGGCCAAUGGCGAAACGAAGAAAGUCUUUUUAAGCAGCAUCCGACCUCCACCUCGUGAGAAGCGACCGCCUAAUGAAGAUGGUAAAGUUACCAGGGCAAAGGACUUUCGGCCACUCUAUGACGUACCUUGGAUGUUUGAGGCAAGGGAGUUUUUGCGUAAGAAACUCAUUGGUAAGCAGGUAAAAGUUGUAGUAGAUUAUGUACAACCAGCAAGAGACAAUUUUUCUAAGAAAACCUGCUGCACUGUGAGUAUUGGAAAAAUUAACGUCGCUGAAGCAAUGGUUUCAAAAGGCUUCGCUACCGUGGUUCGUUAUCGUCAAAACGAUGACCAACGUUCCUCCUAUUACAACGACUUACUCGUCGCGGAAAGCAAGGCCGAAAAAUCUCAGAAUGGACUACAUGCGAAGAAAGAUGUGCCUCUUCAACGAAUCCGCGAUGUUUCGACGGAUCCGGCCGCUGCUAAAUCCCAUCUACAAUCUUUGAAGCGUGCUCGAGAAAUUAAGGGUGUUGUAGAGUUUGUUACAAGUGGAUCGCGUCUCAAGCUCUUCGUCCCGAAAGAGUAUUGCCUAAUCACAUUCUUACUUGCUGGAGUCAAAUGCCCACGUACUGCUCGAAUGACUCCUGGUGUCGGGAUAACGGAGGCCGAACCAUAUGCCGAAGAAGCAUUAAUGUUCACGCGAAAAUUUUGCUUCCAGAAGGAUGUUGAUAUACAAGUGGAAAACAUGGAAUCGAAGGGCAGUGGCUUUAUAGGUUGGCUUUUUAUUGAUGGAGUAAAUUUGUCGGUAGCUUUAGUAGAGGAAGGCUUGGCCGAGGUAUCAAAUUUUAUUGAGCAAGGAGAACAUCUUAAGACCCUCAAGGCUGCUGAAGAACGAGCCAAGACUAAGAAAUUAAAUAUCUGGAAAGAUCGUGUUGAGAUCGAAGUUGAGCCAGAGAAAGAGCGGGAGGAGGAACGCACGCCUGUUGAACGGAAAAUCGACUACCAAGAAGUCGUGGUAUCAGAAGUAACUGAUGAUUUGCACGUCUACACGCAGAGGGUCGAUCAAAAGACAGCUCUUGAGGGUCUAUUAUCUUGCUUGCGUCAAGCAAUCGCAGCCAAUCCCCCAUUGGCCGGUGCUUACACCCCAAAAAGGGGUGACCUUGCCAUUUGCAAAUUCACUGAAGAUAACGAAUGGUAUCGUGUUAAGGUCGAAAAAAUCUCCGGACCAAAUAUCUCAGUCUUUUAUAUCGAUUAUGGAAAUCGAGAAGUUAUUAAUGUGACGAGGCUUGCAGCAAUGCCAGUUGGUUUUGCUGCGGAUAAACCUUAUGCAACAGAGAAUAUGCUAGCAAUUGUUGCUGUACCUAAAGAUGAAGAUGAUAAACAAGCUGCUGUUCAAGCUUUUAUUGAUGAUACUGUAACUGGAAAACCUUUGCUAUUAAAUGUUGAAUACAAAAUUUCUGGAAUUCCAGUCAUAACAUUAGUCGAUCCUACUAGUAAAGAAGAUAUUGUAAAAGGUCUUGUCGCUGAUGGAUACUUAAUCUGUACUCGCUAUAAAGAAAGAAAAUUGAAAGACUUGCGUGAAGAAUACAGAAAAGCUGAAAAAGAAGCAAGAGAUAAACAUCGUAAUAUUUGGCAGUAUGGCGAUAUUACUGAAGAUGAUGCUAAAGAAUUUGGUAUUGGUCGCUAAAUUGUUCAAUAAUAAAAAAUCUAACAAAACUUGGGCAAAAAGAUGGUAGAUAUGGUGGGGCAAACAAUAAGAUAUUCUAUGAUAUACGCAGCAUAAUAAAUACGUAUUUCAAUGAUGAAUUAUGUCAGACCUUUUGAAAUUAUGGAUGCAAAUGCGAUGAGAACUUAUAUAAGCGAAUAGAUCAGUGAAGAAAUAUGAAUUGUACAUAAUAAUUGAAAGAAGUUAAGAAAACCGAAUGAAUUAAUAGUUACAGGGGUUAAGAUAGCAUGCGGUUUUACUAUCUGUCCUUUACAAAGCUCUUGUACCUUCCUACCCCCAUGAGACUGUCUCACUGUAAAAUGUAUUUCUGUAUAUGCGAUCAAUCAUUGUUAUUGUACACGCACUAUUGCGUUUAUUCUUUAUUAAAGGGACACUUCAUACAGGUAGAAAAUUACGAAAACCAUUUAUUUGUAUAAUAUGAAAUAUAAUAUUUUGAAACUUUUAAUGAA